UCAUUUAAAAGUUAUUCAGAUAUAGCAAUGUUUCAUUACACAGUUCCAAAAGAGAAAAUACAAAGCAUAAUAUGAUAAUGUAAUGUACAGAUAUCUACAAUGGGGCAGUUAUCCUGUGAUAUCUGUAAAUAAUGAUACAUUCCCUAAUGAUAUGUAUCCCGAGCGUAAUCAAACUAUUGUAGUCUCUGCAGUCACAACAUUUGAACCAAGAAAUACUGCGAUUGUGCCAGUUUACGGACCAGAGUCUGGAGAUUGGUACGUGGGGGCUUAUUUGUCUCAUUGGGAUGAGAAAGUUCAACAACAGGGACUUGGACACAAAUGCCAUUACAGCAUAGGUUCUGUAGCUAUAUGGACACAAACUAAUAGUAUGGAAAACAUACCUAUUGGCUGUCAGCAUACAUUAAGAACAAGAGAAACUACUUCUUAUUACAAAAUAUACAUACCAUCAGGAACAUGGAAUUUUAAACUUCACAUUUGGGGGUGUAAUUUUACUGUGUACACAUCUCGUAACAUACAUGAACCUUGCAUUCAAAGUAUGGCCUUACAAGGACGCUCAUUACCUGUUUUUAACCACUCUGAACCUAGUGAAAUUGGAAACUUUACUAUGUUAGAUUCCUAUACUUUCACAGAGUCUUCUCCUUAUGAGGAUAGCUAUUAUUAUUUAAUGAUUAUUUCAGAUAGUAUCAUUGAAGUGAACGUUAAAGUAAUCGCCUCAGAAUGUCCAAUCAGAAUAACAGAAAAGUCUUUUGUAAGGCAGUAUUUAGAUGCACCUUCAUUUUCUCAAGCACUAGCUCAAUUACAUAUGAAAGACUUAACAAAACAUCAUACUCAUCAUGGCGAAGACAAAAGUAAUAAUGUAUCGUUGUAUAAUGAAAUUGAUUUUAGAAAUCAAUUUCAUGUGUCAGAAGAAAGUUUUAAUGAUCCGUGUGUUCCAAGAUAUCAACUUGCUAGGAUUAAGCAUUUGCAAACAUUUUCUGGUGUUUACUUAUUACAGGGUAAAGAAUGGUUAACUUCUUGGGUGAUGUUAACAGAUGACCACCCAGUAAUAACGCAAUUCAAUAUAUUGCCAUUAAUCGAUAUUGGGGGUACACUUGAUAUUAGUGUACAUUUAGAAAUGGAUAAAGUAGUAACAAAACAGCUAGUCAGAGUUAUACUUUGUAUACGGCGCGGUCGAGUUCCAAAUAGAGCUAAGGGUAAUAUUAUAUGCGAGGAUUCAAGAAUGUUAAUGAAUUUAUCAUCAUUCGACAAACAUGAUUCAAGUUUAUUAAUACCAUAUCCACAGCCAGAUGUUUGGUAUGUUGCUUUACAAGCAACAUGUUAUUUUAAUGGACGCCCCGUAAAUUGUGAAAUGGAAGAAAUUUUAGUAUCGUUGGAUAUACGAACUAGACAAUGUGUAUUUCCCGGAAAUUAUCCAUGUGGUCAUCACGGAAUUUGUCAAGAAAUUCACAGAGAUAUUCUUUAUUAUACAACGUGCAAAUGUUUUGAAGGAUACAAGGGAUGGGGCUGUACCGAUGCGACUAGUGCGAAUCCAGAGUCUUCUCUUCUCAUGACAACACUGAUGCUCACUUUAAGUAAUGGUUUUUUCAUACCUGCAAUAUAUUUAGCUGUUAAGCGUGGAUUAUAUGCGGAAGGAUUAGUCUAUAUGGCAACUAUGCUUUUUUCAUCUCUGUACCAUGCUUGUGAUCAACAUGUAAUGACAUAUUGCGUAGCUAAAUAUGAAGUUCUGCAAUAUAGUGACUUCUUUUCAAGUAUAUUAGCAUUUUGGGUAACCCUUGUUGCGAUGGCUGAAAUUCCAACUCAUUUUGUGUCAUUGUGCCAUAUGUUUGGGGUUCUUAUAAUAGCUUUUGGGGUGGAAUCUAAUAAAACAUGCCUAACUAGUAUAUUAGUACCGUUAGGAAUGGGUGUUAUGAUUCCGAUGGGAUCAUAUGUUUAUCGUUGUUAUAAGUUGAAGAAGUGGAAAAAGCCUGACAGAAUUUCAAAGUUAUUAGCAGGAUUGCUAUUGGCAACAAUAGGUUUGCUGCUAUUUUCUUUAGUUGAAACAGAGGCUAAUUAUCAAUAUGUUCAUAGUGCGUGGCAUAUGAUAAUAGCAAUUUCAUUGGUAUUUUUGUUACCGCCAUCGCCAACGGAACUAACUACUUCUUCAGGCACCAGCUCCUUCAGCGACGAUAGCGAAUUACUUGAUUAUAAAGACGUACACGGGAGUCCAGUUUUUACGGUGACUUCUGGCCAAGAAAAUUUGGUUAUUGCGUCGCACUGAAAAUUCCGUUAAGAUAAGUAGGGCAAAGAAACCAAAUACGUACCAUUGUUUAAGUUACUUGUGCCAAAAGAGUGUUCUAAUUCUCUAAGCAAGAAGGUAGGUUUACAGUAUUACGAUAAUCAAAAUUAGAAGAUGUGUAUGCAAGUGCACAUACUAUCUAUAUGUACAUAAAACAUGCAUUUAUGUAUAACUUUUAUAGUAGUUCCUAAGUCAAUACAAAUAUGUGGUUAUAGGGUAAUCUAUGUGGAGAUUUUCAACUCAAUGCAAUUCAACAGACAUACGAAGAUAUUUAAUACUAGUUAUAAGCACUGAAUCAACUUAACAAUGGUGCUACUAUUCUUACUAUGUUACGUUUAGACUAUACUCAACAAUACUAACAGAUCUAUUUUUAUAUAUUUUUUUAUUGUUGAAAACUAUAUUUUAUUAUAUUAAACAAAUGAUUGAGAAGUGAACGAGACUAAUUUCUCCUGAAAAGUCGAAUCACUUAAUAAUAGCAGUUAAGUUUAUUAUUAACUAUGAAGUUUCCAGAUUUUCUUUCUAAGCGUUUUUUAAAAGGAGAGUAUGUAACUAUUUACAACUGUACAGAGAUAUAAGCAUGUCCUACGUCUUUCCAUAUAUUUUUAUGGUACUUAAUUUACAGCAAAGUAUAAUACUUAUCCUAGUUUACAAAGUGUUGUAAUGAAUAAUAUUCAUUUGUACAUGAACAUAGUACUUCAUUAUGCACUUGUAAACAACUGUAUUGUAUACUUCAUUAUAUAUUCCAUGUUUCCAGUAGUGCUAAAAAGUAUUAAGUUCAUAGAUUACCCUAUGUAACCAACGAAUGCAUCCAAAAAUUAUUGUUAAUUGUAUUUUACUUCUUACUUUUUUUUCUACAAAGUCAUCUUACAUACGAUAACGUGAAUGUUCUGUAUAAUUACUAUAACUUUGGGAAGUACAUGGUACAUAUGACGUUUAUUUCACCGAAGUAGAGAGUCAUGUAAUGUGUGCAAUAUUGUUGCGUCUAUUUUACGAAUCAUGAUCAGAGUUGCGUGAGGGACCACAGUAAGUAAAAGCUACUAAUAGCAUGUUAGAAAAUGAAAGUAUGAAUGCUGUGCCUAAAAACAGAUACAUUAUUCAACUGAAGUUUCUGAAACCUAAUGAUUUAACAUUUUGAGGUACUCUAAGUUUUGAUAUGUAAACUCUGUUAGUAGAAAUGUAACACAAAAUACAAAAAUUUAUACUAUUAGUAAUUACUAAUUUUAUAUUGCUUUUAAUAAUUACUUUCUAUGGAACACUAUACAUUUCAAAUCAGCUAAAUAUGCAUAUAGUUCGUAAGUAAUUUAGGAUUGCCAUAGGCUUUAUGUAAACAUUAAUUUAAUAUUAAACAUUCCCAAAGUUAAUUAGUUUUAAUACAGAAGAUGCACUAAUGUUCGCUAAAAUUAAUUUGCAAAUUUUAACUUCCGUAGAAGUGCGUGAUAUUUAUCGCAAUAUUUUAGUCAUAAGGUGUUUCAGUUUAUAAUCAUAAUUUGAUAGAUCGUAAUUUAUAUAUAUAUAAAUAUAUAUAUUAUUGUUGACACUUCAAAUUAUUAUACUGAUUUAGAUGAAAUCAAUUUUAUAUAACAAAUUACAGAAGUAUAGUAUCUAUUUUAGUUACUAUUCAAAUACCUCACAAUGUUUAAAGUGCCAUCUAAGAUGUCUCUCUCAUCCUGGGCAGAUGAUAUUAUAAAUUUUAUUUUUACACUAUUAAGAAAAGGCAGGACGACCGAAAAGAAGGAAUUCAUAUGAUACAAAUAUUUAAAAGAUUUAUGUAUGCUACAUCAAUUAAGAUUUUAAACAGAAAUGUGUAGAGUGAUACGAGUAACAUAAUGGAGUGUAUAAUAACGAUACAUAAUUGUAUUAUAAGAUGAUACAGUCACAAAUUCAAAAUAUGUAAAGAUCCUAUAAAUUUUCGUACUAAAGAAAAUAUUGAACAAAAAAUCAAUGAGUAACAUUAUGCGUUAUUUUAAAUAAAUUAGUAUAUCUUUUAACGAUCUACUACAAAUUUUGUCUAUACUAAAAAAGAAAUGCGACAUAACAAAUGAAAAAGAGUGUUGUAAACAUAGUACCCCGUCCAAAUUUAAAACAAUAUAAUUUUUUUAUUAAUGCAAUGGCA